AGAAAAGGUUGUAUAAGAUUCAAAAUAACGUUUAAGCGAAACCAGAUAUAUUCGUAAAAACUCAGCAUCGAAUACACUAAUUUUGUACUUGUCCACAACUUAUAAAUCGGAACCAUCCACUGCAAAAUUAAUAUCUCACAACCAAUAAGAAAAUUACCGUUGUUUCAUUCAGUUUCUUCCUCAUAAUGUCUGGCUAUCCCCAUCAACCACCCAGUUACGGCUACGGCGCGCCACAGCAACCAUACGGCGCCUCUCCAUCGCCACCGCAACCUUACGGCGCCGCUCCACCUUACGGUGCGCAACCACCAACUCAGCCUUACGGCGGUCCAUCAGCUCCUUACGGGGCUCCCUACGCACACCCUCCAGGCGACAAGCCCCCAAAGGACAAGCCUCACUCCUCUGCUCCGGGCAGCUACCCACCGUCGGCUGCUUAUGGUAGCCCAUUCGCCUCCCUAAUGCCCUCGGCUUUCCCUCCAGGCACGGAUCCCAACGUCGUCGCGUGCUUUCAACUCGCCGAUCAAGACGGUAGCGGAUUUAUCGACGAUAAGGAGUUGCAGAGAGCUCUAUCGACUUAUAAUCAGAGCUUCAGUUUGAGGACCGUUCAUCUUCUCAUGUACCACUUCACCAACACCAACACAAGAAAGAUCGGGCCGAAGGAAUUCACUCAAGUGUUUUACAGUCUUCAGAACUGGAGGGCCAUUUUUGAAAGAUUUGAUAGGGAUAGGAGUGGCAGGAUUGAUCCUAACGAGCUGAGGGAGGCACUAUUGAGUUUAGGAUUUGCUGUUUCGCCUGUCGUCUUGGAUUUGCUCGUCUCUAAGUUUGAUAAAACUGGAGGGAAAGCCAGGGCCAUCGAAUAUGACAAUUUCAUUGAGUGCUGUCUUACUGUCAAGGGGCUGACUGAGAAAUUCAAGGAGAAAGACGCUACAUACUCUGGUUCAGCAACUUUCACUUAUGAGGCUUUCAUGUUAACUGUUUUGCCAUUCCUCAUAGCGUAGGAUGAAAAUCGAAAGUUCAACAGUUUGGACUCUGAAUUUUAUGUAUUUCUUCAGUGCUUUUGCAGAUAGUUCUCCUCCCUUGUUCAUUUCCAUUCACUUCUUGUAUAAAUAAGUAUUUGUAGUUUUGUUGUAAACUUCUUAAGAGCUUAAAGAAUAUUUUAGUAUGUUGAUAUAUUUCUGUAUUUUAUGUUAAUGAAAGCCGUGUAAUUGGUACAA